AUGGUUUCCACAGAAGCGGCAUACCUCGCCGCCGUGGCGCGGCAGCCAAAAGAUGCUCGGCCAGACCAGAUCUACGAGAAACUCGAGAUGGUUGGAAAGGGAGCCUACGGAGCAGUGUACCAGGGUCGACACACGGCCACAAACCACGUCGUAGCGUUGAAGAUUAUCAACCUCGAUACAGAGGACGACGACGUCAGCGAUAUCCAGAAGGAAGUGUCGCUCCUCCAACAGCUCAUGAAUAGCUUUACCGGUACCGGUGGCGCGGGACCGGGCACGACGGGACCGAUGCCCAAUGUCAUCAAGUACUAUGGGAGUAUGAUGGAGGGCCCCAAAGUGUGGAUUAUUAUGGAGUAUGCCGACGGAGGCAGUAUUAGGACUGUGUCGCGAGCGCAACCUCUUAAGGAGUUGCAUAUCGCCCUGAUCAUGCGCGAGACGCUCGUUGCUCUCCAGUUCUUGCAUAAAAACGGCAUCAUUCAUCGUGACAUCAAAGCGGCCAACAUCCUACUCACGGCUCAACCUCCGCGUAUCCUGCUGUGCGACUUUGGUGUCGCCGCACUCCUCGUUUCGCAAAGUGCCAAGCGUUCAACGUUUGUGGGCACACCGUACUGGAUGGCGCCCGAGGUCGUUACCCAAGGACGACUGUAUGAUGUCAAGGCGGAUAUCUGGUCUCUGGGAAUCACUUUACUGGAGAUGGCCCACGGCGAGCCGCCAAUGAGUGGCCAACCGGCGGCACAUGCCGUCAAGAUUCUCGGUGACAAGAAGCUGCGGGCCCCCCGCCUCGAGGGCGGAACGUGGAGCAAGGACAUGCGUGACUUUGUGGUUGCGUGUCUAAACGAGGAGCCCUCGGACCGCCUGUCAGCAGAAGAGCUCAGCAAGAUGAAGUGGAUGAAGGGCGUCGCCAGGACCCCGCUCACGACACUCUCGGAGUUGAUCACACGGUUCCAGCAGUGGAAGGAUCAAGGAGGACAGCGCAUGUCCCUCGCCCCCGGUGUCGGCGCCCAAAUCGACGACGACUCUGUCUCAGUCUCGAGUGAUGAUUGGAACUUCACGGUUCGCUCACGUAUGAGCAUGCUUACCGACACUCCCCAGGAUGAAGCAACUGCCAAGAUGCCCCCGCCCGAGUCCCUUCGUCGCCUCUUCCACGAUGACAGCCUCGACUCGGACCCUUUCCACAGCUACAACCAACCCCCUCCUCCUCCACUUCCCCCAGCUUCCAUUCAGCCUGUUGUCGAGCCCACAAUCGACACCAUCGACUUGCCAGAUGACAAGUCGGACACAGGCGGCACCGUUCGUCAGUCGCGGAAACCCUCCCACCUCUUCAUUGUCACCAACCCCUUCCGUCCCACAGCAGGCACCACCAGCGCAUCCAACACCGUGGGAUCGGGUAGCGAAGAGUCGCAGCAGCAAACUCCUCUUGCGCGUUUACCCCUGCCUCAAGUCCCGCCCAAACAGUCCCUUGACACCUUCACGGCCGCACCAACCGCACGAUCGGCGACGGACCUCCGCGGUCCAGGAAUCGGCCUCGGGCUCGGAGGACCGCAGGCGCGUAAGCCCUCUGGCGACGCUGCAGGGCUACGCGGGUUCCAGUUCCCGCUCAUGACUGCAGCAACGACGGGCAAACCCUCUCCGCCAGCGCCGCAGUAUCCGCUCAUGCAGGCCUCAACUCAACCUCUGCAGUCUGGUGAACUUAGCCCACUGGGUGCACCAAUCCCGCCGUUUGCGCGCACCACCACGCCAAUGAUGCGCCAGGCGAGCGUGGCGGUCAUGGAAGGGCGAGCGACGCAGGCUGCUGCUCAGCAGUUGGCUUUGAAUGCCGACACGCCCCACUCGCCGCCAAAGGGUCUCGGUGUACCCGGAACCCUCGGUAUUGGCCGUCCACCGGCCAUGGGAGUGGGCAUGAUGCGUUCCCGGUCCGGAUCACGCGUCGACGACGCCGCGCUAGGUGGAAUGGGGAUGGGUUUGCGCGACCUGCUCAAACUCUCCCCGGCCGUUCCCGACAGUAGCGACCUGUUGCCGCCCUCACCAUCGACCCUUGUCGCUCCAAAGCCAUUCGUCGCGCUCCCCUCCCCUCUCGCACUGCCACCAAGCGAAGGAACGACCCACGGUCCAAGCUUGUUGUCGUCUCAGAACGGAAUGCCAAAUUACCCAGGGGCGUCAUUUGGUGCUCCCCCACCAGCCACACUCGGUGCACCGGUCACCCUCAUCGCGCCCAACACUUCUUCCAUCUCGCUACCUGCCCUCCUCCCUUCACCUGGCCUCCCCACCACACCGGGAGCGCCUACAGGCGCGCACCAGGUGCCUCCGCCCGUCCCGCCCGUCCAGAUCCCGGCACAAGCGUAUGGCCAGACAUACGCGCACACUUACAACCACACCUACUCGCACACCUACGGCGGUCAGCCAGGCGCGGCGCUGUUCCCGCUCGACCUGAUGAGGGUGGACGACACGACCGCGGCCCUCGCCGAGCUGGAUAUGCAAGUCGAUGGACUGCGGCGGUGGCUCGAUGUCGUGGAGCGCGGCUUGGACGAUUUGCUCAGAGUCGGCACCGGUGGUGGGGAGAGUACCGAUGGCGACGACGUGCCGACCCCGCACGCUACGAGCCAACCGUCUGUCGUCACCCCGUUGCCCCUUCAGCAACAGCAACAGCAACAGCAACAGGCCGUUCUGCAAAGCAGUCCUGUCAGCAUGACUAGCGGCGGCGGAGUCAACGGCGAGCGUGUGGGGUUCGGCUCUCCUGGUCCCUCGCCGUUGUCGGCAAGCACGAGCUCGCGAGCCGAGCGCACCAACGUCAUUUAA